AAAAAUUAGAAAAAGUAGAAAAAUUGGUUUUUGUUCUUCCUAAUAAAAAAAAAUUUAUAUCUAUACCUAGUUUUUACAGUGACAAGAUUGCAAAGAUAUAACUCCUUUUUUCGAAAUAUAAAAAAAAGGAGAAGGUGAACAAAAAAGAAAAAAAAAUUAACAAUUACAGCGCAUUAACAACAACAAUUUAGCUUUCCAGACAUCGAGUAAUAUCUAUCUAAUCGAAGGGUAAAUCGCCUUUCGAAAAGAUCUGCAAAAUUUUUGGAAUUUUUUUCAAAAUCUCAACCCGAAUCACCACUGAAAUCAAACUUACCAAAACAAAAGAAAGCGCUUUUGAACUGAACAGCCAAUCACUGUUCGGUUUUUCGCUUUAAAUCAAUAUUAGCGCAAUAGCUACUGCUGGGUGUGGGCGAAUCUGCGCCCCGCCACCGGAAGAAUACCAAGCAAAUGGAUCAGUGAGUUGUUUGUAAUUUGAUAAAUGUUACGUGUUAAUUUCACUACUACCCCCGCAAUAUGGAUGGUUUAUUUGUUGUUGUAACAGAGUAACACAGUAAACACGCUACUUUAACCCCAAAAAAAGAAAACAUCUAUUUAUUGAAAUCACAACCACACAAAGAAAAAGAUAUAAAAACAAGUAAAAAUGGAUGAUUCAGAAUCGGAUACGGAUCCGUCGGAUACUGAUGAUGAAACUAAAGCCGGCACCCUGAAUUUCUCGUCGUUCAAGACCAGCUUUACUUCCAAUGUUAAUUUCCUGAAACGACGAUUCAGCUCGGGUGAUCUAUCAUCCGAGUGUGAUGAUGUUGAUCCAAAUGAAUUGCCACCGGCCGCUAGGCCACAGCAAGAUCAAGCACCGCCAUUGCAACAGCAGCCAAAGCCACAAAAUGCUGGGCCACCCAAUAUGCCACCACCACCGGCUCCAUCUGGACCACCACCAGUUGGACCAAGUGGGCCAGUACCACCACAACCUACUACCGCAGCACCAGAAUUGGCAUUGAGUUUUGGCAAGGGUCCGGGUCCACGAGGUGUAAGUGCUCCAACAAGUCCAGCUAAGUCGAGAGAAAGCCUUUUACAGAGGGUUCAAAGUUUAACUGGGGCAGCUCGUGAUCAAGGGGCUUCAAUUAUUGGAGCAGCUGUUCAGAGUGCCACAAGGCCAACAUUCAACAAAGAUAAAUAUUUUACUUUACUUGUGUUGGAUGAUCAAAACACUGAUUGGUCGAAAUACUUUAGGGGAAAACGUUUGCAUGGUGAUUUUGAUAUUCGAGUUGAACAAGCUGAAUUUAGAGAAAUAUCGAUAACUGCAAAUGCUGAAAAUGGACCUGUUGUAUCAAUGGCGGUAUAUCGUGGAGGAACUAGGGUUGCUCGUUCAUUUCGACCUGAUUUUGUACUAAUUCGACAACCACCGCGUGAUGGAUCUAGUGACUAUCGUUCAACUAUACUUGGAUUAAAAUAUGGAGGUGUUCCUAGUAUCAACUCUUUACAUUCGUGCUAUCAAUUUCAAGAUAAACCAUGGGUUUUCGCUCAUCUAUUACAAUUGCAAAGACGUUUGGGAAAAGAUAUGUUCCCACUUAUUGAACAAACAUUCUUUCCCAAUCCUCGAGAUUUGUUCAGCUGGUCAAAAUUCCCGUGCGUACUUAAGGCAGGGCACUGCCAUGGUGGUAUGGCGACAGCUCGGUUAGAUAAUACCAGCGCUCUGCAAGAUGCAGCCGGCCUUGUGUCGGGAUCAGUGACCAACGAUGCGCAAUGCUACUGCACAAUUGAACCAUACAUCGAUGCCAAAUUUGAUGUUCAUAUUCAAAAGAUUGGCACCAACUACAAGGCUUUCAUGCGAAAGUCAAUUUCUGGCCACUGGAAGACCAAUCAAGGCUCAGCUAUGCUUGAACAAAUCGCAAUGACCGAGAAAUACAAGUCUUGGGUAGAUGAGAUCUCUGAGUUAUUUGGAGGCAUGGAAGUUUGCGGUGUAUCUGUGGUAGUUGGAAAAGAUGGACGUGAAUUCAUCAUCAGUGCUUGCGAUUGCACUUUCUCUUUAAUUGGCGAUACACAAGAAGAAGAUCGGCGACAAAUCGCUGAUAUUGUUACAUCCCGGAUGCAGAAUGUCUGCCGCCCUGCAAUGGCAACAAAAGCUCCAAUAUCAAGAUCAUCAGUUUCGUCGUCACGUGGUGAAAGUCCAACCGACGAUCUUCCUCAAGCUCCAACUGGACCACGACCAGCUCCAAUGGGUGGACCACCACCAAUUCCCGAACGAUCUUCACCAGCUGUGGGCUCAAUUGGCCGCCUAAGCAGCCGAAGCAGCAUUUCCGAGACCCCAGAGGAAGCUGCUGCAGCUGAUAAAUCAGCUUCGUUAGCCUCUAACGGACGUCGUGACUCUCAAACAUCACAAGCUUCAACUGUCUCGAGUGCUUCCAAAGUCUCACAACGUCCUCCGCAAUCGCAGACAUCGGUUGUCGAAGAUGCGGAGGACACUAUGAAAAACCUUAGGAAGACUUUUGCUGGGAUAUUUGGUGACAUGUAGGAAUUAGCAAAUAAGAAACGUGGAAGGACCGUUAGUGACACCAGCUCAUCCUUUUUGGGAAAACAAUUUUCAUUCUCAGCCGGUGGCGGUGCAAAACCAGAUGUUAUAUCUUCGCAACCCACUAAACCCGGUUCAACUAGUGAUUUUAGUAGUAUUGCUGAGAAUAUAUCUUCCCAGUUGGCUAAAAGCGCUAAAGAUUCUAGCUCAACAGGAUCAGCAUCAACUAGCAGUGAUCCUAGCAACAAUACACCUUCCAACGUUUUACAAGCAUUCGAAGAAGAGAACAAAUAUAAACCAGUUACCAACUUUGAACCGCAAGAGAGAGUCAAUCCAUUUGAUAAAGAUAGCAAGACUUCUGAUACAUUUGCAUCCACAUCCAUUUACAACAAGUCUUCAGCAAUUCCAGCAACAACAACUGCAACAGUCCCAACAACAUCAGUUUCAAGUAAAAGUGCAUAUUCAAGUGAUAUUGGCACCAAGGAAUAUUUAAAGAAAUAUGAUUUUGAGAGUUCUACAACUUCAUUGGACUCUAGGACUGAUUCGAUUGGUGCAACUGAUUAUAAGCCAACAAUUCCAACUCAUAGUCCAAAUGUUGCAUCAAGUUCAAGUGGUUAUACAUCACAGUCAGCUUCGCAUACGGCUAGUCCUUCGAAUGGUUAUAAAUUAGGCGAUAUGAAAUCUGGCAGCUAUUCACGGACUGAAAGCAAUGAGAAACCUUCCGAUUUAGAUAUUAUUUUUGGAGAAAAUAAACCCCUAUCUGGUGGCAAUGGUAAAAUUACACGUUCCGGAGGUUCACUCUCCGAUGCUGAUAUUAUUUUUGGUGGACCACCAACACGUUCUGAUCGUUUUGCUAAUUCAAAAAGUAUGAGUGUUACAACUGACACCCGAAAUAAUUCUUCAACUGGUGUUGCAGGCGGAAGUGGCACAAAUUCAUAUAAAAUCUAUGAAGGUAUACAAAAUAAUGCCUUUCAAGAUUUUGAUUCACAAUCAAUAGGUUCGACAGCAAGUGAUCAUUGGAGUAAAUCCAUUGAAGAUGAUGGCGAUAUAGAUCUUAAAUAAAAAAAAAAUAAUAAAAUCAUGAUAGAUUACUUAUGAUUUAAAUCAUAAAAUAAUUUUCAUAUAUCAUUUUUUUAUUUAAGAAAAAAAAAAAAUUUACCAUUUUUUCAUAUAAGAAAUUCUCUUAUAGAAUAAAAUGGGAAAAGAAAAAGAAUUAAUUCAAGAAACAUGUUGUCGCCUCCAUAGUUUCCUGGUUUCACUUCACAAAAAUCCAUAUAAAUUUCUUCAAUCAUAAUAAUAAAUUAUCUCUUACAUAAAACAUAUAGAAAAAAAUCGAAAUCAUAACCAUUGUGUAAUCGUCAUAAACCGAAUUGUAGCCAAUAGAUUCUAGAUUCUCCAUUCUUACUACCAUACAAAAAAUUAGUUCAAAAUCAACAGAAUUAUAAAAAUAAACUGAAAUAAAUAUUCCCACAGAAUGAAAAAUGAAUGCUGAAAAUGAUAUAAAAAUAUUAAUUUAUUCAUUUUAAAAAUAAAAUUAAAUUUAGGGCAUAAAUAAAAAUAAUCUAUAUAAAUGGAUAUCAUCAAACUAAAAGUAAUUUUAAAAUAUUACAAAAAGUCAAUAUAUAUACAUUACAAUAUAAUAUUAUAUUAUAUACAAUAUAUAAAUAUAUAAAUCGUUUUUAUUGUUAUUGUUAAAUGAAAUACGCAUCAAAAAUCCCCCACUAUCAUAACGACACAAAAAACAUAAACAUAUACAUAAAUAAAUUAUUUAAAUUAAAAAUACAUUUAAAAUUAAAUUUUAUUAUAAUUAAACAAUAUAUGUUAAUGUUAAACUUAAAAAUAAAAAACAAAAUAUGACAUCAUAAAACAAACCGUAGUUCAUUUAAAAUUAUAUAAUUAUAAAUAUCAUACAUGACAAUAUUACAAAAAAAAAAUACAUUUCUUGUUAGAAAAUAAAUAUACAAAAUAAUAAUAAAAAAAAAAUAAAAAUAUUUAUAAUUACACAAUAAAUAUGUGUUUGAUAUGAAUGUUUGUUACUAAAAAAUAAAUAAAUAAAAAAAUAUAUAUUAAACGGUAGGCCAUUUACAACGAAAGAAGGUACGUUUUUGAACAAAUUUUAGGACCAUAUGGCCAGUAUUAAAAAUAAAAAAUAAAAUUAUACAUUAAUGUUCGCAUAUAUGUAUACAAAUAUAUAUACAAUUCACGCCUAGAUACACACGUGCAUUACAAAAAAAAAAAAAUACAAAAAUUAGUUAAAAGCUACGCACACACAUUCAUAAUGCUGAUGACAGAAAAAUGCAUAAAACAUUUUAUUUAAGCAACAAACUAGUUUAUAUAUAUGUAUGUAUGAAUGUAAAAAAAAAAUAAAUAUUACAUAUUGUGUAUGUAAAUUGCACGCAGUUAUAUAAACUUCCUAUAAAAAUUACAAAAAAAAAAAAAAAAAAUUUAAAAAUAUUUAUGGUAAAAUCCUCCUUUCCUCCUUUCAUGAUCGUAUAACUCUUUUUCAUUUUUCAACAACAUUACCUAUAAACAUAAUAUAAAUUAUAUAAGUUUAAGCUACAUUAGCAUUUUUAAAAAUUUUUAAAUAUUAUUGUUCUUUUGUUGUUUUUUUGUGUUAAUAUUAACUAUCUUUCCUAUAUCAUACACUUUUUUCAAAAUAAAUUUUUAAAUGUUUCUAUUACAUUUAGAGAAUAUAUAAUAUUAAAGUUCUUAAAAAAAAAAAAACUAUGCUACAAAAAUAAAUAUAUAUAUCUAUUAUUCACAUGUUACAUACAAAAAUCACUUAAAACAAAUAAUGUUAGUAAAAAAUACAUGUUCAUUUCAAAAAAAAAGAAUUCCCAUAUUCCAGAAAUAUAAAAACAAAAAAAAAAAAACAUACAUAUUCAUACCUAAAAUGCAUUUCCAAAAAAUUAUUGCAUAAGAACCGGAGUAUUAUAAAAAAUAAUAAUAAUAAAUUAUACACAGGAUAAAGUAAAUGGAUGAUAAAAAAUAAUAUUUAUGAUGUUAUUAAAAAUAUAAACCAGAAACAGAAACAUGAUAAAUGGGUAAACUGAAAAAGCUAUACUAAAAGUGUCAUCAUCUAAAAACAAUUAAUAUGUGUUGUUUAAAAAAAAAUUAAAAAAAAAAACUAUGUAUUUGUAUACAUAUGCAAAAAAAAUUGAGUUAAAUAAAGGAGGAAUUUUUAAAAUUA